AGGAGUCAGGAGAACUGCAGGACCACAGGAGUUACCUCUCCUCUUUUUUCUGACUUUUAAGCGAACCUGCACUGCAUCUACGAAGCCGAUCAUAAACGACUUUUCAUCCAGUCUGUCUGCAUCAAGCAGGGUUUUCCUCUCUGAGGCGUUUCUUUAUAGAAAACCACCAAAACGGAGCCGACCGAGGAAGACGGACAACGACCCUCUCUCACUUCUGCAAUCAUGAUGUCGAUGAACAGCAAGCAGCCUUUCAGUAUGCACCCCAUCCUCCAUGAACCCAAAUAUACUCCUCUGCACUCCAGCUCGGAGGCCAUCCGCAGGGCCUGCCUGCCCACACCGUCGCUUCAGGGCAACAUCUUCGCCGGCUUUGAUGAAACUCUGCUGCAGAGAGCUGAGGCUCUGGCCGCUGUGGACAUCGUGGCCCAGAAGAGUCACCCCUUCAAGCCAGAUGCGACCUACCACACCAUGACCACCAUGACCAGCAUGACCUGUACCCCGACCUCCUCCUCCGCGCACCUGCACCACCCAUCAGUGCUCACUUCCCACCAUCACCCUGCGCAUCACCAGCCUGCGCAGGGGCUGGAGGGCGACCUGCUGGACCACCUCACACCGGGCAUUUCCUUGGGAGGCAUGCCAGGCUCAGACGUCUGCUCCUCAGCCUCGCACAACGCCCACGCCGCCGUACACAUGUCAGCCAUCAAUCACAUGCAGCACCACCACCAUCCUCAGUCCAUGAACAUGCAUCCACACGGGCUGAGCUCUCACGGUUCCCUCGGGACCGCCGGUGGAGACGCAGAACCGGAUCCCCGGGAGCUGGAGUCGUUCGCUGAAAGGUUCAAACAAAGGAGAAUCAAACUCGGGGUGACUCAGGCAGACGUGGGCGCGGCCCUGGCCAACCUUAAGAUCCCCGGGGUCGGAUGUCUGAGCCAAAGUACCAUCUGCAGGUUCGAGUCUCUGACGCUGUCACACAACAACAUGGUGGCCCUGAAGCCGAUCCUGGAGGCCUGGCUGGAGGAGGCGGAGCGGGCGCAGAGGGAGAAGAUGUCCAAACCGGAGAUCUUCAACGGGGGCGACAAAAAGAGGAAACGCACGUCUAUCGCGGCCCCAGAGAAGCGCUCCCUGGAGGCUUAUUUCGCCGUGCAGCCGAGGCCCUCCUCGGAGAAGAUCGCCGCAAUCGCCGAGAAACUGGACCUGAAAAAGAAUGUGGUCCGAGUUUGGUUUUGCAAUCAAAGGCAAAAGCAGAAACGAAUGAAGUUUUCUGCGACGCACUGAGACCAGCAAGGAGAACCUGUGGGCCUCUGCCCCGUUUACAGAGACAAAUCAGAGACACGCUGCUGCUGCUGCUGCUGGUGGUGGUGCACACUGUCAGAAGAACAAGGUACACCGUGGUGCCUUUUGUUACUGGGCUGGGCUUGUCUGACACACAGCCAGCGGCACUUAAAAUAUCAAUUACAAUUACAAGUCAUUUAAUAUCUUAAUGUAGAGGUUUUUUCUUUAAAGAAAAGUUUGAGAAAGUUGUGAUUUUUGCUUUUUAGAUUUUCUGAAAUGAAGCUGCAUCAAAAUGCACAAUGCUGCACCACCUCAUUGGCUGAAUUCGUUAUUUAUUGAAGAGUAAUCAUAUUUUCUAACAAAAUAAGGGACUAAAUGUCUUUUUGAGAUUCUUUACAGUGUUGUACACCUUGUAUAGGAGCAGCAGCACACCAGCUGUGGGAAGGAUUUCACAGAAAGUAUACACAGGCAGCAACGUUUUGCUUUUGAAGCAGAUACAAAGAAAAACGUGUCUCUGGAGUGUUUCAGCUGUAGUGUAAGGACAAUAGGUUUGGAUAUCGGGCACCCAGUGACUAAUCAUCCACUUUGUAUAAACAGGAAGUCUUUUUUGUUGUUGUUUUUGGAAGUUCAGUUUCACGAAAUGACAAAAAAAAAUAACUGGAAUCAACAGUGUACCUUUUUCAUUCUGACAGUGGAGGCGGAACACCGGGGACUGCAUGAAAAAGACUGAGACACUGUCCAAAAACUUAAGACUCUCAAAUCUUUAUCCUUCCCCACAGAGUAGGCCGAUGCUCUCAGAAAUAGGGAAGAGUCUGAUUAACAUUUCGGGGAACAACGCUCCGUCCCACUUAUUCACAUGGCAAUUAUUGUACAAAGAAUUAAGAAUAAUAACGACGAGAAUCGAGGAAUAACUGUUAUUAUCCUCCUUAGUCGGAAUAGCUUUUUAUAUUUAUCAUUGUACAUAUUUGUGAAUAUGUUGCACCCCCGUGUGUGGAAAAGCUCACUGAAACUGAAUUCUCGCUGUCUUUUCUCCCAGGUGUUUGUUUCUGUAGGGAAUUGAAUAGUUUUUAGGGACAGAUCAAACCAAACGAGUACAAAUCAUCCUGUGGCUAAUUUAUGAGGCACAAUAACUCCUGUAAUCCGUUGCAUGGUUUACUCGUCAUAGGGAAAUGGGUGGUUUCUGUGCGUUUAUGGCUCCAAAAGUACGAAAACAACCCCCCCCACCCCUGAAGUGAAUGCAUUGCAAUAAGAAGAAACACACACACGCACGAAUACACACAUUCACACGGUGUAGUUGUGUGUCUACCUCAUUACGCAAGUGUUGACACGUUCAUGGUGAUUUAAAAACACACCGUAAAUAAAAAAUAAGGCGAGUAUAGGCUCAGUUUUGUUUUUGUUUAUGUGUUUCUCCCCCCGUUUUGUUUAAUGGUGAAUUAGGCCUAGAAAACUCACUGAUGUGUGAAGUGUAUGUUCAAGUUCACUGCAAUGAAGCUUUGACAAUCAAAUUAUUCUUAUUAUUAUUAUUAAUGACACCUUUUUGGAGCGCACUUUGUAGAUGAUGAAGGGAAAUAGUCGGCCUUAUACAUUUUUUUGGAGAAACGUUACGUUUUGUUGUAUUUCUUUCCUUUCUAUUGCCCUUAUUUAUUUAAACAUAAUUUAUUUUGGAAAAGAAAAAAACAUUUCAUUUGUGAAAGUGUGCUUUACACGUGUCUGUGUAAGUGACAGAAGCUGAAAUAAAUCGUGCACGUUUUACUUCCU